AGGGGCAGGAGUUUAUAGGAAUUUGGUUGGCUAUAUCAUAUUUUUCCUAGUAAAUUCCUAGUCCCAAGAAAUGGCAAUUCUAGAUCUUCAUCACCCUUGGCUCUUAGUGUUCGGAAUCCUAGGGAACAUUAUAUCGAUCUUCGUAUACCUUGCACCAGUGUCGAUAUUUAUUCGAAUCUACAGAGCCAAAUCAACAAUGGGAUAUCAUUCGGUGCCAUAUGUUAUAGCAAUAUUUUCUUCCAUGCUUUGGAUGUACUAUGCUUUCAUCAAGAAAAACGCCACUCUUCUCAUCUCCAUCAACUCAAUAGGCAUCGUAUUUGAGACUAUCUAUAUCCUCAUUUUCCUUGUCUUCGCAUCAAGUAAAGCAAGGCGUAACGCAUUGAAGGAAUUGUUUCUGUGCAUUGGAGGAUUCUCUAUAAUUUUCUUGGUCUCGUGGUUUCCUUUCUCGGGAGAAAUUCGUAUUAGCCUUGUUGGUUGGAUUUGCGUGGCUUUCUCCAUAGCUGUUUUUGCGUCACCCCUUAGCAUUGUGCUUCAAGUAUUCCGAACUAAGAGCGUGGAGUUCCUGCCAUUCUACUUGUCAUUCUUCCUCACAUUGAGCGCAGUUAUGUGGUUUGGCUAUGGUUUAAUCAUGAAGGACUUGCGUAUUGCGUUGCCAAACAUCCUGGGAUUUUUCUUGGGACUGCUACAAAUUUUGUUGUACGCAAUUUAUCGGAACGCAAAACCAGUUGUAGAGGAAAACAAGAAUGUACAAGAACACAUAGUGAACGUGGAGAUGCUAGGGACAUCUAACCAAUUGGUGCACCCUGUGGAUUCUGGGAGGAAUAUAAGUGAUGGAGUUACUGAAAUAAAUAUGGAGAAUAAUGAUCAAGGGGAAUAGAAGAUGAUCGGAAAAAAUGGCAACUCCGCCGGCGGCGGUGGAGGACUAGAGGCCAGAUAGCGGCAGCUGGCUGCAGGCUGAGCUAGUCCAUCAAGUGAGAAUGGAGACCAGCUAGAGAAUGUAGCUAGCUAGAUUGAUCGCAUAUUUACUUUAUCCCAUUAAAUAUAUUUAGUAUGUGCAUGUUAUAUAUAUGAAUUCUAUUAAUAUUACAAAUUAUCUAAAAUUCCAUAUAACAUAAAAUUUUGUUUAA